AUGAAUCACCCGGGGCAAGAUGUUCAAUUGACCGAUGAAGAUGUCGCAACCAUAAGAAAAUGUCGACAAAUGUCUUUCUGGCGCGGUAGCGUCCCGUUCACCAUUGGAUCUUGCAUGGCUGUUGCUGUAGCACAAAAUUUUGGCUUCUUCGUCAAUCGACCUCGACUGAAAGUGCCCAUGUAUGUUUUAGCCACAGUUUGCGGUUACCUGGGCGGAAAAUUAUCCUAUCUUGGAAAUUGCAAACGCAUGUUUUUGGAACUCAAUGAUAGCCGGAUAAAAGAUUACAUUUUAGAAGGAAAUGAUAUGCCCAACCUACAAACCGGUCCAGUGAUAGUGAACACUCCGGUAAAUUCUGACGUCUCCGAAGUUUCAAAACCCAUGACGUACGCGGAACGCAGAGAAUACUAUCGAAAUCAACCAUCAGAUUCACAGUUUUUGCCGACUCCUCAGCCACUGCCAGCACCGGGUCCGGAUGAAAAUAAUCCACGAUAUAAUUCUCCGUUUUUCAAUGAUGAUCGUCCGUCUGGUUCGUAUCAAUUUGAUGACGUAUACCGACCACGCGAGGAAUAG